AUGUUGCCAUAUAACAAAGGAAAAAGAGAUCAAUAUGCAGGAGCCGCGAUUUGGGGAAGUUGUCCUUCCAUUGAUGUUUAUCGAAAACAUGUUUAUAUUGCCACCGGAAAUCUCUAUUCAGCCCCACAAAACAUACUUGAUUGUCAAGAAAGACAAAAUAAUCAAACGAAUCCUGUUGAAACAGACGAGUGUAUUGAACCAGAAAACCACUCAAAUUCGAUGAUGGCCCUUGAUUUGGACUCUGGAAAAAUCAAAUGGUUCAAACAAUUAGGAGGCUUGGAUGUAUGGUUUAUAGCAUGUAAUAACGCUUCAACUCCUAACUGUCCGCCUCAAGGUCCAUUACCAGAUUCAGAUUUUGGAGAGGCGCCAAUGAUGUUAACUACAUAUGUAAACGGAACAAAGAAAGAUAUCGUUGUUGCUGUUCAGAAAAGUGGAUUUGCAUGGGCAUUGGAUCGCGAUAACGGAACCCUUAUAUGGUUUAAGCAAGCGGGGGCUAGUGGAACGGGCGGAGGUGGAAUAUGGGGUGCAUCAACUGAUGAAAAAAGAGUUUAUACCAACAGUGCAAAUUCAAAUAAGGAUAAUUUCCAAGUUUUACCGUCUAAUAUGAAUACAACCACUGGAGGAUGGGUCGCAAUGGAUCCUAGAAACAGAGAAAUUCUUUGGUCCACUGCUAACCCUGGAAAUAGUACUGUCAGCGGCCCUGUUAGCGUAGCAAAUGAAGUUCUUUUUGGUGGAUCCACCGCCGACUCUGGCCACUAG